GAUUUAAAAAUUGUCAGUGAUGGAAAAUCCACCAUGACCCUUGGUAAAUUUGGUCCAAAGGUUAAUUGUCACUGUUUAAAAAAGUACAACUUACGGAAAGUCUUAAUUUGUCUAGUUUCAACAUCCAACCAUUAGAUUGUAUUGUAUAUUUCUCUGUUAGAUUGAAGAGCCCAUUAUUAAAAUGUGUUUAGCUUAACAAAAAGGAGGUUAAAGGCUGAUGUAACAGUCUAUAAGAAAUAGAGCAAGAGACAUCCCACUUUAUCUCCUACACAGUACAUAAUGGGCCUAAUUCUCAAUUACACAAAGGCUCAUUAGUCUAAAGCCUGAGCUAUGUGAUACAGUCUUCAUAUAAAUGAGAAUCUGCUGCAAAUUGCUUAUGGUGGGGUGUUUUUGCUUCUGAGCUCUCACCCAAAGAAUGGCAUCUGACAACUGUUUUUGUGAUUACAGAGAUUACCAUCCAUUUUCUGAAAGUCUUGAAACUGUCUUGGAACCCCACUGCCAUGGGUUGAUGACAGCCAUAGUUGCUGAGAGAAAUGGCCAAACUCCAUUUUAAAAAUCUGAUUGUGUGGGUUUUCCUAGCUGCUUUGCUCUGUUCUGUGCAGUGCUACUUAAUUUUUUGCAAUUUCUCAGUCAUUUAAAUUACUGGCUUUAGUUAUCUUUUUAUGACCUGCUAUUGUGGCACCUUCCCUUUCUAUCAGGAUAUUUAUUGUAUGUUACAACUACGAAGUCACAUUUCAUUAUCCAUCCAUACCCAGGUGGUAGGGCACAAAUUCUUAGCACCCUUUCUAUAAGCAAUUCACAGUCCAAUAACCCUACGGAGUUACAGAAGAAGGCAAUUUUGUGUAGCAAAUUAGCCUCUUUUCUUCUGUGCCCCAAGCAACAUUGUUCUACUCCCUCAAAUCCCUUCUCAAAAUCAGUUUCUUUUGGUUACCUUUGCACUACUGAUCUCCACUACAUUCCUAUCUACUCCUACUCUUGUACCUGAUCAGAAAACACUAAGAAAAAAAUAUGUAAAACUGAACUAUCUGCUCUUAUUUAAAAAAAUAAUGCUAUCCUCAAAGCUGUGUCCUCUUCCCCAUCCAUAGACCCCUUCCCUCCUUCCUGACUGCAAAAUACUGUUAGUCACUUUUCAUUGGAUUAUCUGUUUAGAUUGUAAGCACUUUGAAGAUGAGGGUCCCUGCCCUGAAGUGUUGUUGUGUAGGCCCAUAAACAUAAUAGUUAAUAAUUGACAUAACAGACCUGAUUUAACUGUAAGUGGCCUUAUAAUUAAAUUGAGUAAGCUCUUCUGUACCUUUCAAAUGAUGCAGGUAAGAGUAAGCAGGAGCAAACCUGACUUGAACAAUAAAAGCUGAAUCUGAGGCAUAAGAAGACUGAAUUUAACUUUUUCAGCUCAUUUCAAUAUAUUUGUGUUUUAUGGCUUGAUAUUGCUUAAUUACUAGUGGAGUGUAUGUGUGGGAGGAGGAAAGUUAAAUUUCCCAGAGGUUCUCAAAAUCCCAGUUAGAGCAAACCUCAGGGCUUCACUUCAAACCAUUAUCCUACCAACUGUUGACUAGCUCGUACUCCCAUUGGAGCCUGUGGAUGUUUUUUGUUAAUUGGCUGGGAUGGUCACUGAUUGAUGCAAGGUGUUGCCUACCUACUUGCUGCUAGGGAGCUGAUGUGCUGCUCUGUAGCAGUCCCAGCUUUUGCUGGUAAUCAGUCCUGUGUUUCUUCCUUGGGAAAUCUAAAAUGAUUUUACUUGAUAGAGCUUGCAAACCAAACACUAACUUGCAAGUCUGACAAACAUCUCUUUUCAAGGGGAAUUCAGUUAUUGUGGCAUACAGACAGGUAACUUUAUUUUAGUCCAUGUUUUGUCAUAACCCCAAUGCUUUUUUUUAUAGAUGCAUAACAAAAUAGCUGACUUUAUUCUAUUUUCUCUUCAGUCUCCAGAGGGUGCUGAGGGCAAGGAUGCAGUCAAAAUAACUAAACAAGAGCCCACAAGACGAUCGGCAAGAUUGUCAGCUAAACCUGCUCCACCAAAACCUGAACCCAAACCAAGGAAAACCACAAAGAAGGAACCUGGAACAAAGGCUAACAAAGGUGCUAAAGGAAAGAAGGAUGAAAAACAAGCAGCUGCAAAGGAAGGUACUACACCAUCUGAAAAUGGUGAAAAUAAAGCUGAAGAGAUUCGCAUCUCUCGCUCAACUGUUAGUGUUUCAACAUCCAGAGGUGCCCCACCCAGCACACUGUCAGUAAAAGGGCAGAUUGAAACAGUGAAAGUUAAGGGUACGGUAGAGCAUUCUGCAUGUGUGCAGUGAAUAGAAACAGAUAGUAGUGUGGUGCUUUUCAUUAUGAACAAUGGAAGCUGGCAGGCACAGAGAACUGAAUCUGUAGGUGACAAGAGCGAAUGAAUUGUCAUGAAAAUUUUGGGUUGAUUUUAUGUACCUCUUGGACAACUUUUAAAAGAUAUUUUUAUCAAGUAUUUUGUAAAUGCUAAUUUUUUUAGGACGAUGAUAGUUGACAUACUAAACUGUAUAGGAACAUAUCCCUUCUCAUAACCAUGCUCUUAGAAAUUCCCAUUGCUGCCAAGUAAUAUAAAUAUCAAUUUAGUGUUGGAAGAUGUGUGUCAAAUUGGAUAAGCAUUCCAUACACUUGCUUUAAGAAAUUAAGUCUCAUGCAUAUGGUGAUGGUUUUUACUGUGUGUAUUUGAAUUUUUCAUGCAGUUUUUCUAGAGCAAUAAUCAGUGGUGCUUUUGUACUUAGGGUUUAUGUGAUUUUAAUGAAACAUGGAUAGAUGUGGCCACUUGCUGACUAUUUUGGGUUCUAUUAAUGGAUUAAAAUAAAAGGUCUCCUUGCCUGCAAAUCUACAGCCUCCUAAUGUUUUCUCUAAAUCUGAGGAAUGCCUGACUCAUUUUUUUAACUAUUGUGUGGAAGACUAAAUGGUUUAGCAACUAUUGUGUUCUGCAUGCACUACGUUUGAUGCUUUUUGCUGGUCUCAGAUAAUCAAACAUAUUUAAAUGUCCACAUAUGAGUAACAGGUCAAGAUUUUCAAUGGUCCACAUAUUAAUAGCCUUCUCAAUAGGAACCACUGUAUUCGUAUUUACUAUCACAAUUGAACAGAUUUUGUUUUACUGUACCAGUAUAACAUGCAGUGAGAUACCAAGACAGAAUGAAUUGCUUGAUUGAAGCAAAUGUACAGUAACUGAAAGGCAUUCAGGAGCAGCUUUGCUUCCUCUCUCCCUCCCCCUCCUCCCCCCCCUCUAAUAUAGGAGUUUUUAAUUUCUGCAGCUUAUUACAUUUGUUUCUAUCUACUGCCCCAAAUUUAACAUAAAAUAGUAAUAGCUGUUCUGCUUCAGCAGAGGACAGUUGUAAAUUUACUGCAAUUGCUGUUAAACAGCACUAUACUUGGUAUGUGGUAGAGAUGGAACAAUUAAAGUAUUUUUGAGGGACUUGUGGUGGUGGUAAAUUAGCUAAUGAUCUUUAGUACCUAUAUAUUACAGCUCUUCAGCUCAUUAUAAGCGCCUUUGAUAGUUUUCUCUUUAUCCUCUUCUGGAACUUUAGUAUUUCUAUUGUUUGUGGGGGUGGGAAGGUAAGAAAGAAAUGUUCCCUGUUCAGUAACAUUUUAUUUGUAUUGCUGAAGUGGUGGCCAUUAUGUCUGGGGAUACUUUUGUUUGUUUCAGUCAAUAAAUAAAUGACUGUAUUGCUUGA